GUUAAAUGCAUACAAACAAUAGUUCAUUUUCACGUCACAUACAUUUCCCUGAUAAUGCUGCUUUGCAUUAAAUGAGAUUGCGAAAAGGGAAGUUUUAGACAAAAAAGCAAAAAUAAACAUCAAACAGACUUCUGACACGGAAAAUAACGAAGAGUCCCGAUUUAUAUAGUCUCAACUAUGAUUGGCUUACUGCUGUCGUUAACGAAGCCGAACGAACGCGUUGGCGAGUCGGAGACGAUCACGCGAUCCUAGGUGAAUGAAGUAUAGAGUUCAAUUUGUCAAAGUGAUUGUUUCUCGGUAUCCACGUUGGAUUUAAAAGAUGGAAAAUAUUCAAAAUUUAUGGGAGUAUUUCAAAGGUUACCAACAUGUCGCUGAUUUCCAAAGAUUUUGCGGUGUUGAAAUCCAAGAAGUCGAACAAUUGGAAGAGCAAGAGCCAGUCCACAAUGUCAAUGGAACUAAUGGUGACACUAACUACGAAGUUUCCAAAAGAAAACCAAAUUCACAAAAAAAUGGAACAAAUGGUUUCAAAAACGGUGUACAUAAUCCUAAUGCUCACGAAAAGAAGCUAGCGUACAGAAUUAAGAACAUGCCAUUCUACCUUUUAAUGAGGUUCGGUGCCGGUAUGGGUGGGGAACCUUUCUACAUGAUUUUUUUCCCAUUUAUGGCCUGGAACGUGGAUGGGAGACUGUGCAGACAGUUGUUGUUAGUAUGGUAUCCGUUGAUGUAUGUCGGCCAGCUGUUGAAAGACAUCAUCAAAUGGCCACGACCUGGUCCCCCGGCUGUCAGACUCGAAGGAAAACGAUAUGAACAAGAAUACGGGAUGCCUUCAACGCACACCAUCGUCGGUACUUGUGUGCCGUUGUCUCUUUUGAUACUGACAUCCAGAUAUUAUGAGUAUUCAUUUCUGAUGGGACUGCUAUGCGCCAUUAUUUGGACAGGACUUGUAGUGUGCAGUCGUGUAUACCUCGGAAUGCACACAGUUUUGGACUGUAUAGCUGGCCUGACGAUAACGCUAGUGGCUUUACCAUGGAUGCUGCAUUUUGUUGAAUAUGUUGAUUACUAUCAAGUGACCAGCCCCUACGCCCCUUUCUCCUCGUUGCUUAUCCCUAUACUUAUCUGUGUUUACUACCCAAAACCGAAGGAAUGGAGCAUCACGCGGGGUGACACUUCCAACAUUGUCUCCAUUGCUUCCCUAUUUAUGGUAGUGUACUGGAUCUUUUACCAAAUAGGCUGGCUCAUAGAAACACCACGGCCAACCCAAUUACAGCCACUUCCUGACAUUACCUCGGAAUGGCUUUACCACAGUGCAUUGAGGACAGUAUUUGGCAUAGUUGGUCUUGUACUUUCUCGGAUAGUUUCCAAAAAGAUUUUCUUGAAAUUCGUCUGCUAUUGUGCAGGGGUGGACACAAAGGACAUAGCUAGACAGCGUAAGCUUGGUUUGGAGGUUCCCUUGAGAUGGCUCACGGUAGGGGGGCUAGCUGUGAGCACCUCUUUGACCGUCCCUCUAUGCUUCCAUUACUUUGGGAUCAACAGAGCAAAUUUCUACCGUGAGCUGAUGAUGUGAAGGCAAACAAAUGGGAGAAGUGCAAUAGUGUGCAGGCAAACAAUACAAAAUAGAAUUGGCAGUUAGUCAGGUUAUGUACAUGCAAGUUAAAAGAUAUUAACAUGCACUGAUACAGGGCUUAUGUGGCUCUUUCUAUGCCUUAUUGGUAUUGUAUUUGGAUUUGAUAGUGAUACUUAUUUUAUAAAUGCUUUUUUUGUCACCCACCUUUCUCUGAUUGUACUAACAACACUUUUUAUUUACAUGUAUGUAAGUUUCGGAGACACUGGUGCUUCUGUAGAUUAAUUAUAGUUGUUUUUCUUCACGAAUAAACAACAGAGAUAAACAGAUAAAUGUUAUUAACAUAAUCGCAUUUAAGUUAUAAAAACCAAUAAAUAAACUAAAAAAAAAUAUAUAGCAAAGUUAUACACAAUGUGAUUGCAUUGAAGUCCACAAAAGGCACAAAAUAUUGUUUAAAAGUAUUUGUCAUUCAGGAAAAUUGGAGUUUGGGGUAGAGUUUUACUAGAGGUCCAAGUAUGUCCAUUUUAGUGGAAAACAUAGCCCAAGAUUUUGAUCCUUAAGAAAAUAUUUAUUUGAACCAACAGGAUCUUCACUGGUAGUUAAGGUUAACAAAUAUUUGUAAAAUGUAGACAAUCAAAAGAUUGAAGAUAUGGGAUAAUGAUGACAUUUUGCUUUAUUUAUUCAGUCAUUCAGAGCUACAGAUAAGGUGCGUAUUUGCGUAAAUACCCAAUGUAAAAUUGCCGAUUACGCAUAGAAAAAUUGAACUAUGCGUACCAAAACCCAAUUAAAAUUGCUGAUUACGCAUAUCGUAUUUUUCCCUGCGUAACUAGUAAAUCUCUCCCGGAAAUACCCGGGUACGAAAUACCCGGAUUCUUUCCGCUUCGUCCAACCUUCAGCACAAUAAUAUGAACGGACGAAAGCCUCUAUGUAACUACGUAUUGUUGUGAAAAUGUCAAAACCGCGAGGCCGUAAACAGGGAAAUAUUGCAUCCCAGGCACAAAAAAACAAUUUUAAGUUAUUUAACCGUGAGCAACACAAAAUCAGAAGCGGAAAAUAUACCGGUAGUGAAACUGUAGGAGGCAAGCGCUGACCGUGCUUAAAUUGUAAGAAAACUAGUGGAAAGAAUCGAAGAACUCUUUUUUAAAACAAGACUGUAUAUUAUUAAUACAUCUACAUAUAACACAAGAUCUCUGAAACUUAUCAAUUAAGAGUGGAACUUCAACUAGCUCAUUCAGGGAAGCAUUUGAGAAUUUAAGACAAUGAAAAUACCCAAUUGAACUCAAAAGUAGUGGGUAUUUACCCAAUUACUCUGAAAAGUAAUCUGGAGCUCUGGUCAUAAGUUGCUUUUAAAACAUACAUGUUAAAUUUUUGGCCAAUCUGCUUUUAGUGAUAACAAUAAUUAAUACAUGUAUUGGCAGGUUUAGUGCUUGUAUUGAAGAUGAUAAGAUUGGCUUCACAUUUGCCAUGUAUGUUGUGUUAAAGGAUAUAGUUUUCCUCAAGUUAAAUGAAAAUGUGUGUUGAAAUAAGAAUGGAGCAUAAAAAAGGUUUUAUUUGCUUAUCAUAUUUGUAUAUGUUCAAACUGCACAGCCUUCAAAUUGCAUCUCAAGUCGAAAUCAAUGGGUCGGAGAAUGAAAGCUGAUGUGUAUCCUUUAAACAUACCCUUGUUGUUUUGAGUUAUAUUUAAAUUGAGCUGUUUUGAUUGAUGAUGUGCAUAAUGGAUAAAUUAUAAUUGAAUUGUUGUUGUGUGUAAAUCAUGUUCACCUUAGGAGGAAAUACCACAAGAAAU